CCCUUCUGCAGGUGGCCUAGGAGGACUUAAACCCGACUGGGUGAAGGGCUGGUGACAAUCCCAAAUUGAUGAAACAUACUAUCCACCUCCAAAGAAAGAACUGAUAUUGAUGGAACACAGACUGGAUCAUGAUGUGAUGGAGAUUCUCAAUCCCUCAAACUCCCUUCUCUCCAAUUGUGUGAUUACCUUUAUCAUCAUUUUCAAGAUGCCAACACUGGACUCCAGACAGUUCUCAGUGAUUGGACCUGCAGAACCCAUCCAGGCCUCUCUUGGGGGAGAGGCAGAGUUACCAUGUUACCUGUCCCCACCUCAGAGUGCUGAGCACAUGGAGGUGGUCUGGUUCCAUUCUACUCAUGUGGUACAUGUCUAUCGAGAUGGGCAGGAUCAGUUUGGAGACCAGUCCCUUAAUUACCAAGGGAGAACAGAGCUGAAGAGAGAUGCUAUCACAAGUGGGAAUGUCACCCUGAAGAUAUGGGAUGUGAGAUACUUGGAUUCAGGAAGGUACAUGUGUCUUCUUUGGAAUGGGUUUCACCAAGAGGAAGCUGACAUGGAGCUGAAGGUCUUAGUUUUCAGCCAUUAUCACUAA